AUGGAAUCGCGGACAAUCGCCGACGCUAAAUGGCGAGCAGGCGCCGCCGGCUGGGGCAAAUUUAGAACCGAUUGGCUUCUAAGGUUCUCCCUAAUUCCAUUUGCACAUGCUAAAUAUGAACCAAGUGUUGCACGCACGUUCGGCGACCGACUCUCUGAGCAAUUUAUGAUACGACAUAAGCCUAUGAAACGACCUCUCUACAUUAACUUCGACGUCGAGGAGGAAGAGGAUGAGGAAGAGGAUGAGGAAGAGGAAGAGGAUGAGGAAGAGGAUGAGGAAGAGGAAGGAGGUAGCAAGAGGGGUAAUAGACACAAUAAGACGAGGGUCAUAACUAUCAAGGACUGGUCCAAGAUAAUGUUGGUCAGCAAGUGUGGUUGGGAAGAUCUUGCCACGUUACGUAGAAAUAUUUGUCCCAAGUCACACCCCUAUGUGGGCACCGUCAGUCGGGGACGUCUAAGAUCAUAUACCUACUGCCACAACGAGGCACCCGAUGGCACCAUCAAACCCGAACACAUUCCAGAACUUGACGACUCAGGCAACAACAAAACCCAACGACUAUGGACUCUCAACAACCUGCGCUGGGACGAAUUCGCCGACUGGACACUCUGCGGCGCCUUUCCCCGAACCGUAUGCUGCGACUACGACCCGGACCUAUUCAAGACACUGCAGUCUAAAGCACGCACUGACCCGACUUUUAAGCAGCUGUUGGAAGAGCACCGAAGAAUACGAAAUACUAACCAAGCAUUUUUUCGCUAG